GAUGCGGAAGUUAGAAAAGAGAGAAAUAAUAUUGAAAUAACAAAGUAUGGUCCGUUUCACGACAACAGCAGCAGAAAGGCAACACUGAUGAUGACGAUGAUUGCGUUGCUAAGGCGUUGCUAUAGACACCACGUUCUUCCAUGCCUUAACCUCUCUGCUCUUCUCAUGAUGAAGGUGGAGAAGCCAGUGUCCCGCCACCAGCCAGAGGAGUGGCACAGGGAUAACAAGUCACUGAGGCAGGCCACUCAGGACAUCUGCACCUCCUCCCACGACCUUCGGCACCAGGCACUCCAUCUGAGGCACCAGACCAGCAACAAGACCUCCUGGGACCAGACAAACUCUACCACACGGCUGCAAGACCGAAUCUAUGAGGUGCAGAGAGUCACAGAUGACCUACAGCGCUCCCUUCAACAGGUGAAUGAUGAGAUUGCUAGUCUGGAAAAGGCCAAGCACACAACUGAGAUGGAGCUGGAGGCGCACAUCCACCCUCUCAACAUCGCCCUAGAGUGCCUCACCCUCCGGGAGCGUCGCAGGGAGGUGGACUUAGUGAAGGACAAGGCAGAGGAAGAGCUGCAGAAGGAGGUGCGUGUGCUGGAGAGGUCGAGGGCCAACCUGGAGAAGGUGGUGCUGGAGGCAGUCUCCCAUCUGAGGGUCUUGCAUGAGAGCAAGCAGCAGCUACAGGAUGACAUUAGGGAUAAGCUGGCAGCACUACAGGUGGACAGGAACCAGGAAGCCUUGACAGAGUACUCCCCACAGAUCUCCUUUAAGCCUGAUCCCACUCGAGUACCCCCAGGCACCAUAUUACCGGUGGACUGGCUGGACCACUCCCUCAAGAACAUGGCGAUGACAGAGGCCGCCAUAAAGGACUCUCAGACACUCAGGGACAAAAUGUGUGUCAUUAUUCAGACAGCACGGCGAGAGGACCAGACUCAGCAGACAGCCACUGACUACGCCGUGCGCUGCCGCCUGCAUGAAGAGACUCGCACCAAGGAGGAGUUGCAGUGGCAGAAAGACAAACUCCUGGAUGAGAUACGUGAGCAGGAGAAGGAGAUAGCAAACUUGGAGGAGCAGCUGCGGGCUUCCUCCCUGCCCCUCAAGAAGUGCCAGACACGGUUGGAGGGUCGCACGGAGCGUGUGUGCCACGACCUGGUGAGGGAUGCGCCCCAGGAGAGUCUGGUGGCUGAGGUGCAGCACCUCACCCAGACCCGCACCCUCCUCAGGGAAAAGCUGGCCCAGGCACUAGACUCCCUGCAUGGGCUCCAGCGCCACCUAAGAACUGUUGACGUUGACCUCGGCCGCAAGAGUCUGUCAGUGAGUCUAGAGAAGAAGGUUCAAGACUCUCGCAAGGCACUGAAGGAGAAGCCUACGCCAGAAACUCUCACGCAAGCGAACCUCACUCUUACCGGCUCUCUGAGGGCACACCCAACACAUAUACUAUAAGAAACUGGAUUAUUUGCAGAAUAAUCAUCUCUUUCUUCUAUUACGUAGCAUUGUAGAGGAUGAUCACUAGCAAGGCUGACACAUGCUUUCCAAUUUUACAGGGAAUGUCUGGAAGCAAUUAUUUUUCUAGUGUCUACUUGCCAGAAUUAAAAAUAAAAAUUUGCAAAUAUUUAGCUCAGGGCUCUUUCUCAUCUUAUUUAGGCAGAAAGUCAAUAGUGUGGACAAAUAUAUAAUCCCUGAUUUCUUGAGUGACAAAUUUACAUUGAAUUCAUUCCCUGAAUGAUUUUUAGCACAUUUACAUCAUAAUAACGUUUGUGUACUUUUUCACCUGCCUUUUUUAUGCUAUCCAGUGUAUUUCAAAAUCUUAAAGAGCUAAUAAAUAGAGGACACACU